AUGAACAACAUCAAUGAAAAUUUAGAUCAUUAUUAUAUAUACAAUGAGGAACAACAGCAACAACAACAAGAAGGAGAAUCUUAUUCUUUAGAUUUUGAUUCAUUCUAUCCUAACCCUACUUCACUCGAAUCAUUUGAACAUUCAAUUGCUCUUGACAGUACCACGCCAAUACCCUUUAUUGGUAGACAUGAUCUAUUUGCAAAUAGCAUGAUCUUUAACAAUCAGCAUCAGGAGCAGAGUUCCGCUACGUCUAUAUCCAACUUGCCUGGUACGACAACUACAAUACCUUACGGCUUCAGUUCCCAUGAUCUGCUGAAUGACCAAGAUCCGAAUGUGCUCAUGUCAACUAUAGCCGAGUCUAGUAGCAGUCCAUUUUAUGCUCAGCAGCCAAGAAAAGAGCAAGAUGUGUUUAGCGAGCUUAUCAAUCUCGCUAAAGCUAGUACCGUACCAGAAAGACCAUCCGAACAUCCAUCACAAUAUACAGUACCAUCAAAUCAGCCUUUAUCGAGCUUUAGAACCGUCAGACAUCCACUUGAAAAAUUCUAUAGACCUUCCCCGGCCGAAGUAGCCACCAAAGAAAAAUUUAUUUAUGAUUUGAAAAUUGUCCAACAACCCUCCAGAGCUAGAAUGUGCGGGUUUGGCGAUAAGGAUCGAAGGGCGAUUGUACCUGCGCCUAUUCUUCAACUGUUUAUUACUACCAAAGAUGGACACGAUGUCAAUCCAGAAAUGUUUGAUGUUACCUUCUUGGUCGUUUUGUGCGAUUCGUGUCUACAAACAGGUGAACCUGCUGCAGCUGCGAGCAGUACCACCGCGUCCCGAUCAACAUCCGUGCCAGUGUCUCAAGUGGUUGUCUUUUCGUCUUCAGAAGAAGGGCGACACCCACGAACAAGUCGACUGAAAAACUUAGUUGGUGCCUCUGUUGUUUCUGCCAAUAAGCUGUAUGAUCUUGAUGGUAACUUGGGCAUUUUUUUCAUCUUUCAUGAUAUCAGCUUAAGAACCGAAGGUACAUUUCGUCUUAAGUUUUCGCUGAUUGAUGUUGGGUCACCUUAUUCAUAUAAUGUCAAUACAGAAACCUUAUCUCAAGUGCUCCAGACGGUCUAUUCAGAUCCAUUCACGGUCUAUACAGCCAAGAAGUUUCCAGGCGUAGUUCAAUCAACCCCUUUAUCUAUAUGCUUUGCACGACAAGGGAUAAAAAUACCCAUUCGUAAAGAAUCACUUGGAUCAAAAAAUAAAAGAAAAGAUAACAGUGAUAUAAAUCAAAUCCAAGGAGCAGAAGAAGACUAUAAAGAUGUUUAG